AUGAUCAACCAACUUACAGUAUGCUACAGUAAGAUGAAGAAGUAUGAACCUCUACAUCUACAGUAAGCCUAAGUCCGUACAUCUCGGCUUCAGUACGUGCUAUACCGUACAACUCGGCUUAAGUACUUACUAUACAGUACUACUCGGCUUAGUCACGUACUAUUCUACAACUUCCUACAGUACCUUUUUUGGUGUUUGUAUCUUACAACUAGUACUACUGUACACCAUGAUUCGUCUUGGUACCCCUUACAAAUCGCUUGCUGCGGCAGACAAAUCAAAACAAACCUAACCUGGUCUCCGGACCGGCACCCAACAUAAACUUACGCUAAUGUGGUUAUAGUGUUUCUGAAAGAGAAGAAGAGGAAGAAAAAAAGAAAGAAAAAGAAGAAAAGAAAGAAGAAAAAGAAGCAAAGAAAGAAGAAAAAGAAGAACAGAAAGAAGAAAAAGAAGAAUAGUAAGAAAUGGCUCUGAAUGACUCACUCGCCUUUACGGCAAACCAAAACAAUGAAGAAAAAACCAAAAAAAUAACAAAAAAUCAACAAAAAAAUCGACUGGAAGAGUUAACCUUGGUAGAAUAAGUAAGUUUAUACCCAUAUGUGUUAGACUUGGACAGUGAAUUUAAAAGGCUUUUGGAGUUGUUGGUCAGGAUGGGUACUACACCAUUUUUUUAAGUUUGAAAAGGUCUAGGUAAUAUUUUUUUAGUCUAUCUUACAUAAAUUACCCUGCCCUACCAUACCCUGCCUUGCUCUACGUUUGUUUACAUUGCCUUUCUUUAACUUGCUUUGCCUUUCCUUGCCUUGCCCUUGCCUUGCCUUGCCUUGCCUUGCCUUGCCUUGCCUUGCCCUUGCCCUUGCCUUGCCUUGCCUUGCCUUGCCUUGCCUUGCCUUGCCUUGCCUUGCCUUGCCUUGCCUUGCCUUGCCUUGCCUUGCCCUGCCUUGCCCUGCCUUGCCCUUGCCUUGCCUUGGUCCUUGCCCUACGGUACUCUACGCUAUCCUAUCAUACUCUAUGUUUCUUUACCCUACCAUAUCAUACGAUAUCAUACCCUACCCUACCUUACUCUACCACAACCCACCCUACCCCUUUACCUAACUUUUUCUACAUUACCAUGCCCUAUCAUACCCCAUCCUAUUUUAUCUUGCCCUGUUCUUUAUUACUCUACUCUACCAUACAUUACCCUUUCUUUUGUUACAACGCAAAACAGGGUUCAUGGUAUAAAAAGUCUCUUUCAGCCUGCAGGUCAUCGUCUUUUCUCAUAAUUUGCCAAACAUAACCGUACUCUCUUUACCUUUUUUUAAUAAAAAACCGCAUUUUUUGCUCAAAAAAAUUUAAAAAUUAAAAAAAAAGUAAGUUUAAAAUAACAAUUUUUAAUCAAAGAUUUAAAAAAUUUUCCAAAAAUCUGUCUAAACCCCACCUCUAUCUCCUAUAACUCCUAUUUUAGCCGCUCAAACUCGCUGAAACUGAACGAAUCCGAGCUUUACUUCAACUUCCUUGGCAAUGUAAACCUCAACGGCGCCCGAGCUCAAGAAGACAUUACCCUAGCCUCAACUACAUUCAAAGCCCAGAACGUUGGAGUCGUUCGCAAGGCUACUGGCGAAGGCACGUUGACAGUGUCCGGCGUUCUCGGCGUUGGUCCCACUAUUAAUGGUACCGAUGGAAGUGGAGACUCAUGGGAACCUAUUGUGCACCAAAUCGCAAGAAAACAGUCCAAUGGCAAGUUUACUGUGUGGCUGAACAGUAACGAGGACAGCGAUGUCAAAGGACAACUGACUUUUGCUGAUCACGAUGAAGAACAUUGCGAGAAAGAGGUGGUACAGGCUGGACCAUUGGUCAAAGCUAGAGGACAGUUUAGUCAAUGGGCUUUCCCUGUUCAGAGGUAGGGCUUUUUAGAUGUAUUGGAAUUAGGUUUAGGCCCUAUACUUUAAUCGUCAGCGUUUUUUGCCGUUCUUCAAAAAAAAUUUUGUAAAGAAAGUUAUUGCGCUUUUUUUCAAAAAUUUAAAUCAAAUUAGCUCUUCUAUUACAUAAAAAUCCAUUUUUAAUCAUUAUUUUUCCCAUAAAGCACCUUUUAGUCAUUAAAACACCUUUCAUCGUAUAAUAUGUCCCCCGCAGCUUGCAGACCUCCAUUUAUCAAAAUGCGCAACCGCAAUGUUUUCAAAAUGAAAAAUAUGACAACUUAAUAUACCUUUUACUUUAAAAUUCAAUUUUCAAGACAUUUCAUCAUCAAAGCCACCUUUCAUCAUAUAACAUUUCCCCCGCAGCCUGCCAAUCCCUAUUUACCAACAAAUCAUUUCAGAUACGGAUCAGACAAGUACCGUUACUUCCGUGAAGGCAAUGUAGCGAUUCAAAACGAUGACAAAAUCAUCAAAAUGUCUGGCUACAUUCUCGACACCAUCGCUCGUAUCUACCGUUUGAACAAGGAUACCAAGUUGGAUGCCUAUGUGACCAAAUGCGAUGAGAUUGAAAAGUUCACGCCAUUCUUCUUGACCAUCAACAAAAAAGACUUUGAAUUUCCUGCUAAGAUUUUGUUUACACCCGUAAGUUUUAUUUUUAUCAUUAUGUCGCAUUUUUGAAAUUUUUAAACGUUGUGCCAAAAAAGGCGAGUAUUCAAAAAUUCAAAAUUAAUUUUUAAAUAAAUGUUAAAGACCAGCUCGUAACCUCCAGAGACUGUUUUGCACCGUAUUUUACUUAUUUUUAUAAAGUAAGCCAAUUUUAAGCCCAUGCAACGUUGUGCCAAAAAUGGCGGGAAAACCAAAAUUCAAAUUUAUUUUUAAAAAAUUGUUAAAAACCCAUUCAUAGCAACCAAAGACUAUUUUCACACCAUAUUUUACUUAUUUUAUAAUAUUUUUAGCAAAUUUUAGCCCUUGAAACGUUAUGCCAAAAGUGGCGGGAGAACCAAUAUUCAAAUUUAAAAUUAAAAAAUCAUUAAAUAUUGAAUUUCUUAAACUAAAGUACGUUUCUUACAUCAAGAAUUUUAAAAAUAGGCCUAUUUUUGCCCCGUAAAACGUUAUGCCAAAAAUUGCGGGUAAACCAAAAUUCAAAUUUUUUCACAAAAAUGACACUUUUUCGUGAUGUAAAACAUAAAAACGUAUUUAAAAAUGCACUUUUAAACCCCAGUAUAUAAUACCCACUAAUUAAAGUAAUAUUUUCAGACCGGAGACAAUGGAAUGUGCCGAUUCAUAGCCGAACAAGGACAACAAGGCCCAUUGGAAGAGGUCUUCCAACUGACCCAAGACUUUUUGAAACACCUGUGUGUCACCUACGACGUCAACAGCAAGACGGUUGCUUUUGCUAAAGCUAUUGCUAAGUAA